UGCAAGCGCCCGUUGCUUCUUUCCUUUAUGGAUUCGUCGGCUGUAAAUUUCAAUGUGACCGCGGAUGACUUCGACAGCGUGCUCUCGUACCCCGACCAGUCUAUAUGGGCAACACCGGACCCUUCGAGCUCGGACUACCAUCCAAAAAUAAGCGAUACCGUGAACGCGUCUAACAAGUUCAACUUCACUGAAGUUCUGUUAGAUUCUUCUUCCGUGACUGCUUACUCCUUGAGUAAUGGUUCAACACCUCACCUUCCCUGUGGAGCGCGCAAUUUGACAUAUGGAGAGCAUGAAAUUACAUUGCACAAUCUCGGAGCUAUUUCAGGUAAUGGACCUGGGGGUGGAAAUCCUUGCUAUGUGAUUUUCUGCGUUUUACAGCUGAACUUGCACCUUGUGGGUACUUGGGGCAGCAAUACAUCGGGAAAUUUCAGUGGAGGCGGGUCUUCGUACACGAAUGACGACGACGCAUCGGCGUCCUUCCCUUUGAAUGGCUCCACCAUUUAUGUUUUCAGCGACCAGAAAAACGACCAUGGCCUGUACAGCGUCGUACAUGACAAUGGCACCGAGCAGAUAUUCGACGGAGUAUCAAGAUGUGAAGGAGUGUUUGGGCAAACUUGCAAGCAGCAGCGGCGUACAUUAGAAGGAGAACAUUCGCUGAGUACCACUAAUCUAGCGGGUGUGAACCAGUCGUAUUUCAGUGCCUCCGAUAGCUCUGGCUCCUCCCCAGGAAACUCAGCGCCCGGUUCUGGAUCAGGUUCAUCUCCGAAUUCGACGAAUGCUGCACUCUUGACUCGGCCGAUAUCUCCUGUAUCCACCCAUUGGUUCAUUCUUUAUAUUCUUGGUAUAUGUAUAUGGCUGCUGAACAGGCGGUGAAUGUGGAAAAUCGUGGACUUUUCAUUCAUUGGAUAUCGAUACAAUAUGUACA